AUGGAGAGAUUAAAGAAGUGUUUGCUCAAAAAACCCUCCAAGAAUGACUUGGACGAUGGGCUGGAAACGGCGACUGAGUACACCGAACGCUGGACGUCGGUGCGCAUUAUUUAUUAUACGAUGUUUCUAAUGUCACUAGGAUUCAGCAUAAUCCUUACGGGAGUGUGGCCAUAUUUAGACAAGCUAGAUCCUCACGCCGGCAAGGAAUUCUUGGGAUGGAUCGUAGGUGCGAACCCUGUCGGACAAAUGAUAUUCAGCCCGCUCGUCGGCUGGUGGGGCAAUCGGUUAGGAUCGAUCCGUCUACCACUGCUGUGCUCGCUAGCGCUGUUUUCCAUCGCCAGUGGCAUCUACGCGUGUCUCGAGCUGUUUCCUACGCAUCAAAAAUAUUGGAUGCUGUACUCGCGUUUCCUCAUCGGGAUCAGCUCGUCAAGUGUGGCUGUCUGUCGUUCGUACCUUUCGGCGGCCACCAAGGUAAAGGAGCGGACCAGCGCGGUAUCGAUGGUAUCGCUCGCACAAACGCUUGGAUUCAUCGUUGGACCGGUGCUGCAAGGAGCCGUCACGAUGUUCGGCGAAGAUGGACUGCCGCUUAUCAAAAACAAAUUACACCUCAAUAUGUACACCGCCACUGGAUGGAUUAACGUCUUUAUGGGCAUCUUGAACUUUUGCCUGUUCUUACCGUUCGUGUUCAAAGAAAAGCGGAUCGCUGCCCGCGAAGCCAUGAUGCAGCAGGGCUUGCAGUCGGAGAAGGAAACGUGGAAAUCGAUGAAACCUGAUUAUUUAUCUGCCUGGACCUUGAUAUGUGCAUUUUUCAUUCUGGUCUUCAACUUCGUAUUCCUCGAAACACUGGCCACGCCGCUCACGAUGGAUAUGUUCGCCUGGACGAAGGGCGAAGCGCUGUACUAUAUGGCCUGGAUUAUGGCUGUCGGGGCGAUAUUGGCGAGUGCCGUUUUUCUCAUGAUUGAUCCAUUAUGCAAGAGGAUUCCGGAGCAGCAGGUUCUGAUAUGGGGUGGCUUUUUCCUCAUGGUGUUAGGGCGCGCCGUCUACAUCCCGAUGAGUGAUAGCCCACCAAAGCUAGCACUAGCGGAAAAUGAAACGCUAACGGCGAUGCGAAUGGAGGACAGCGCGUCGGCGUAUGUUUACGGGUCCAAUUUUACAGACGUACGUUCGAACUUGACCAGAGUGGAUUUUGAUUAUGGUGGACUGAUCACCGCAACGGGCCCGAAUACAACGGAUGACUUGAAGGAUUUGUUAGGCUGUCCUCCAACCCAGGAAUGGUGCAAAACCACGAGAGGGAUGACCAUCAGUCAGUUCCUCAUAGGUUACGCUUUCACGGCUAUCGGGUAUCCAAUAGGGGUUACGCUGAUUACCACUAUCUUUUCCAAAGUUCUUGGACCACGUCCUCAAGGUACCUGGAUGGGCAUAAUGACCGGGUCGGGCUGCCUGUCGCGCGCACUAGGCCCUGUGUUUUUGUCGACCAUCUACACCAAGUACGGUUUGUACUGGACGUUUGGCAGUACGGCGGUCAUGAUGGCGAUUACUAUGCUAUGGUUGUGGCAAAUGAGGCAACGAUUAGUUCCCAUCCCGUACGACGUAAGUUGUAAGGGAGAAGAGCUAGUGGCGGUGAUCGCGAAGCAGGAGCAUACAGCAGAACAAAAAAAGACAGCCGACGAAGCUACUGAUCAGCAGCUUAAUGGAAAUACCAAAGCAACUGGAGACAGCUGA